UAGCAGUCAAACACAUCUGGAAUGGCAUGAGGAUGAGUAAACUGCUGAUUUUCCACCAUUGGGCCGAACAGUUCUGAGCACGGUACGGAACGGUUACAUGAGCAUUUCCACAUGAGCACGGUUCAGAACGGGACAAUUCACCUGGAGCAACUUGGAGUUAAGUGCCUUACUCAAGGACACAAUGGUGGUGGCUGUGGGGAUCAAACCAGCAACCUUCUGAUUACAAUUUUAUGAAACCAAAAUGAGGGAAUCACAAAAUUACAAGGCACAUCAAUGUAAGACCUGAGAAUGACCUCACACAACCCCCUUCUCUACAGUGUGAUUGGAUAAGUACACAGUUGAAUGACCAUCAGUUUGUUAAUGGCUCCUCCCUAGGGACUGUAAAGAUUUAUUUUAUUUUUUUUUAAAGAACUCUUCUAAACGUUUCUAAACCUGGCAUCACAAGUGCAAAAUAUCUGCUGCACUGAUAAAGUAUACAUUAAGAAUGAAAACGGAGCUGUUCAUUGUUUUUGUGUGUGCCAGUUUGGUAACACAGGCAACACACAAUAAAGAGGGCAGUAAGGAAGCAGUCACGAAUGACAAGCAUACUAUGAACAAACACAUAUUUUUACAAUACACACCCUCGGAGAAGAAUGUUGAAGAGCGGGUUUCUGAAGCACACCCCACUUUAAAUGAAACCAACCCAUAUUUUUUGCAGCCUGUAAAUGGGAGUAACCAUGAACAGAUGACCAACCAUACGUUUUUAAAUAAAACCCAAGGAGAUUUUUGGGAGAGGAUAACUGGGAUGAACCAUGCAGAGCAUAACUGAAGUGUUGCAAAGCCCUAAAGACAAGUUACAUAAAUGAUAAAGGACAAGUAAUUCAACUGGAAAACAGUCAACCCUGAUGAAUUUAGUUAUUUGAAGAUGACACACUUAAUUGUUUAUUGAGCAAUUUGCAGUUUAUAUUGUAAUGUAAUCACAUGAAUACCAAAACUGCAACAGCACAUAUGUAAAAUACAUUUAUUUUAUUUGAUCAAUAUUCUGGAGCUCUUUUAACAUUUUUUUUUUUGGGAAUGUUGAUAAUUUAUUAAAAAAAAAUAAAAAAUAAAAUAAAAAAAAACUUAGCAAUUCAGCUAUAUGCAUUCAAGUCCACUCUAAACAAAUAGUUGUACCAAGUAAAGUAUUAAUCAGAGUACAUUUUAUCCCAGUUGGUGAUGUGUAUUUAUCUAACAAACAAAUCUGAUUUAUAAUCUCUUGGUUAUAGGUUUUUACCUUAAGGCCUGAUGUUACAGCUGAAACUAUAACAAAGCCACAAGUCAUUUUAUAAAUUUACAUUACAACAUCAUUCAUUGUGGGCCUGCUCCACAUUCUGAUAUUUAUAAUAAUUGGUAAUUAAUUCAUGUAUUGUCCAAACUUAGACUGCAUAUUUGAAAUUCAAAAAGGAUUUGCAUCUGAAUUGUCUGUACAGUCAUGGUUAAGAUGGGAUAACCGGACCGAUCCAGCAGAUAUAUCUGAGGGAUUAUUUUAACAUGCCCCUAAUCUAAUUUGACCUGAGACAGAGGAGACUAGUGAUCACCUGCACAGUCCAUACAUGUAAGCAUAAAUAAGAACAUUAAAGAUGAUGUGCUGUUGUGUUCCUGGUACAAGCUAUUAAAUUUGAGGUUAAUAAAAGCAAUUCAUCUGAAAUCCAGUUUGUUACAGCUAUUUUGUUUAAUCAUAUAAUUGUCUGUGGCUACACAUUAACAAAAUAAUACAUGAAACACCUUAUUUUCAUUUGAAGAGCUAAUUCUCUUCAAGAUAAAUAAUUUAUUGACAUUAGAUACAUUAAUAAAUAUGCUUGGUAAUGCAUAUUAGCAUGCAUUACCUAAUAUAAAAAUAGCUUUCUCAUUUUUUUAUAUUUUAUUUUAUUUCAGUGGUGUUGAAAUUUCAGUAUAUAUUAUAAUUGUGGAUUAUAAUAUAUACUGAUAUACUAGGAUUGUGACAAUUAAGCGAUGUGACCCUUUGUCUGGGCAUGUUGGUUGACUCCUGCAAGAACUGUAGCAAACACUGGACCACAACCUGCCCCUCAGGGCCUGUCCUGACAUUCAGGCACACACAGAGAAAGAGAAAGGAAAGAGAAGAAAGCAAGCAUGUGCUAAGAUAAAAAGGGGGGUCUUGGAGGAGGUAAUGACGCAUUCCCAGGCCCCAGCAUCGCCGCACCUCUCAGCAGCAUGUAAUGAGCUUAACCACACGGCCUUAGGGGUCAAUUGCUCGGAUUAUCACACUCGACAUUGACAUCACAAUACUAUGCAGCUCUCUGUUUUUUCUGUUCUUUUUUGAAAACCUUUUGGACAUUUACAUUUUUAUUUUUACAUGAGUAUGUGAUAAUUUAUAUUAAACGGGUUGGACAAGACUGUCAGCUCAAAUAUGGACCAUCAUUUACUCCAGCUAAGAAGUGGGGUGUAUAAGGGUUGGCGAGUUUGAGGGUGGGGUGUAACUUUUGGAUUCACCCUUGUUAACUUUGAAUAUACAAACCAAUGCCACUUUGCAACAACAAGGUUGCUGAUGAUGGAACAUCAGCACAUCCACUGCAAGAGGGAAAAACAAUGGUGGAUUCCCUCGUCAAGGUGGUGGCAUGUUAUCGACACUUGGCCUCCUGUGUUGGCGGAUGCACUGACAGCUCCAGCCUGCGGCGCGACCUGCGGCAAACACGAGAGCGGGCCCAAGUACUAGCACUGUCCUGUCGCAACCACCUGACAGCUCGGCUAAGGGAUAAAACAUUACCAGAUGAUGAAAAGAAGGAAACAGAGCUGCUAUGGGUGGCGUUCUCUUCUUGCCUGGAGCUCUUACAUGCAGACAUGUGCAAGGUGUUCAGCAUGGUCAAGCACUUUUCCCUGGCCAGCAACAGUACCAUGGUACAAACAGGCAUACAGGGGGGGACAACAGAGAUGGCAGCACGGGCUUUGAGCCUGCCUGACCUGCAGGAGGCUAGUGAUGACACCCAGACUUCCAGCAUGGAGGGUCAGGAGCAGAGUCAGCUGGAGCAGGAGAUUGCGCAGGUGGACCGCACUCUGGAAGACAUGGAGCUGAAGGUCAAUGUUCUGCGUUGGACAGUGGAAGCACAGGGACUUCAGUAUGCUGACCCCGUCAGCACUGAUAGCGCCUCACUGGCGCUGCUCUCCAUCGAUGAAGAGGCAGCCGAACGCUUUUGCGAUCGUAGCCAAAUGUUCAUGGCAAUGAUUCUGUGCAGUGUGGCGAUCUUUGCCGUGGUGCUAUCGGUGUGUGUGGUGUUCCUGGCAUGAAGUGUAAUCAAGUGCACCAUUUGUGAGGUGUAGGCUGCCAGGUUAACUGGCAAUGCUCCUUUUUCUGAGGUCCCUUCAGUUGUGACCGGCCAAACAUUAAAGGGAUAGUUCACCCAAAAUGUUUAAUUAUGUCAUCAUUUACUCCCCAUUAUGUCACUCCAAACCUGUAUGUAUUUCUUUCCUCUGUGCAAUACAAAAGAAGAUUUUUUUUUUCCCAUACAGUGAAAGUCAGUGUGGUCAUAUGUUGUCUUGGACCCGAUUGACUUUCAUUGUAUGGACAAAAACAGUUGAAACAUUCUUUAAAAAAAAAAAAAAAUCUGUGAAAGAAAGUAAUGAUGUUGAUGACAGAAUUUUCAUUUUUGGGUGAACUUUUCCUUUAAAGUCUGCACACAGAUUGUUUUUAAUUGAAAAGGGCUGUGUGUCUGUGUAUUUAUUUUCAAAAGUUUAACCAUUCCUUUCUAUUGAUCUCAGCGGCGCCUGCAGUUUUACAUCAGUUCUUUUUACAAAUCAAAACUGUUGCCAUUAAUUUUGAGUGUAUCCGUUUUUCACAAAAGAAAUGUGAAAUAUGUACAAGCAGUAAAAUCCAGUGUUAUCUGUGCUUCAAGAAGUAGAGGUUUGGCAUGUAAACAUUAGGGUUGAUAGUAAAUACUAUAUUCAGAGGGUCAUGUGAUUCAUCAUGCCAUAAUUUUAACUGUAGAUCUCUCAUUUCUUUCCUGUUUAUAGCCAAUACACUGUAAACAUUGACACAACAUUUGAUCCUAACUGUUACUGUUCGCUGUUCAUUUUCCUAGCUGUACAGUGCUCUCAAAACCGUUCCAUUAAUAGAGAAGCAUAGGGCUUUAAUAUUUUCCAUGUAUGACUAUAUUUAUUUUAUUAUUUAGUUGAAUUAUACCUAAAUCUUUUUAAAGGUAAUUAAACCUUGAGAACUUAAAUAAGAUGAUAUAUCUGAUAUGUUAAAUACACAUAGUUUAAAAUGUUCUUUUUCCAUUAACAUUUAUGUUGUGACUUACCAUGACAGUCCUUUAAUAACUUUUGGUGCAUUACCAUUUUCCUGCUAUAUACAGUAGCCUACCAUUCAAUGUGAGAAUGGGUGGUUAUAUUAUAUAUCAUUUACUUUUUUAAAUUAUAAUAAAUUAUUUUAAUCAAAUUCAUUUUCUUUAAUCAUGAAGGAAAAGAAGUCAAUCAAAUGUGUAGAAAACUGUGUUAAAAACACUAGACUAAUUAUAUUAGCAUCGAUUCUGUCACAAAUUGUUAAGAUGUAAUUUUAAUGAAUAAAAUAUAGGUUAUGUUAGUCUUAAUAGUAAAAAAUAAAGAAAAAUGUAAUAACCUCAAAAUGAAGGUCAAUUCAAAUUUCACAAGAACUCUGGAGACGAAUGUGGCAAACCAUCAAGCAAUUCCAGGACAUUAAACUACUGUACACUUAUAACGUCACUAAAGGUCCGACAGGCCAAAGAGGGACCUAAUAAUUAGACAAAUCGCUCAUUUGUGUUGUAAGCUCACUAUACAGUAUGAUCAUUGCCAAAGACACCACUGCACAGAAAAGAUGAGCCUUGCCUGGCAAAAUAACAUUGUAACUGAACUUUGAAGAACUGAUUUCUGGCAUACGGGCAUGCCAGUCGAUCGGGAUUACAGCCAGUUGGUCAGCAAGAUCCCAAAACAUACUUCAGAGGUAUUAAAAAGCUUUCUGAUCAAGGAGAAAGUAAAAGCCAACUCAGUCUAAUGACGUCAUCUUCACAGUAUUUUAACUUUUAUGGGAUUGUACAGGUGAUUUUCUGCUAAAAAUUGCCAGCCAAAUGUCGGGUGUUUAUAAAGUUGCUGUUAAUUCAAAGUGUGACCAUUCUACAGAAUCCAAGAUUUUAGGAAAAAGUUCAGUGUUCUGCUUUGGUUUUCCUUUUGUUUUCCUUCAUACAUUGUGACAUGUUUUCAUUUUUAAGUAACUCACAAACAUUACAUUUUGAAAAAUAAAAAAAUUUAAUGUUUUAAAUAACCUGAAUAUCC